UACAAUUUUAUUGGGGAACUUAAAUGCAGCAUUGGUGAUGACGUUGCAGAAGGAAAGCCAACAUGGCGUCUGGGCAGCAGUGGGUGUUGGUGGAAAUGGUACAAGCAUUUUAUGAGGCACCUGCUUAUCACCUGAUUCUGGAGGGGAUCCUCAUACUGUGGAUCAUUAGACUUCUGUUCUCAAAGACCUACAAACUUCAUGAGACAUAUAAACUGACAGAGAAGGAAAAGGAGGACCUGAUUGAAGAGUGGCAGCCAGAGCCUCUAGUUCCUCCUGUUUCCAAAGACCAUCCUUCUCUCAGAUAUGAUGUAGUCACAGGACCUCCCAGCCACAAAGUGAUUCUCAAUGGAAAAGAGUGCAUUAACUUUGCAUCAUUCAACUUCUUGGGUCUCCUCGACCAUGAGCGUGUUAAGCAAAAAGCUUUGGCAUCACUGAAGAAAUAUGGUGUGGGCACAUGUGGUCCAAGAGGCUUCUAUGGAACUUUUGAUGUUCACCUGGAGCUGGAGAGUCGCCUGGCCAAAUUCAUGAAAACAGAAGAGGCCAUCAUCUAUUCGUAUGGCUUUGCAACCAUUGCUAGUGCAAUCCCUGCCUACUCCAAGAGGGGUGACAUUAUAUUUGUGGAUGAAGCAGCCUGCUUCUCCAUCCAGAAGGGUCUUCAGGCAUCCCGCAGCUUUAUCAAAUACUUCAGACACAAUGACAUGGAGGAUCUGGAGAGGCUGCUCAAGGAGCAGGAACUCGAGGAUCAGAAGAAUCCUCGUAAAGCUCGAGUGACCCGGAAGUUCAUUGUAGUAGAGGGGCUGUACAUGAACACUGCAGACAUCUGUCCUCUCCCUGAACUGGUAAAUCUGAAGUACAAGUAUAAGGUGAGGAUCUUUCUGGAGGAAAGCAUGUCUUUUGGAGUAUUGGGAGAACAUGGCAGAGGAGUCACAGAACACUUUGGGGUCAAUAUAGAUGACAUUGACCUCAUCAGUGCUAACAUGGAGAACGCUGUAGCCUCCAUUGGAGGUUUCUGUUGCGGCCGCUCGUUUGUCAUCGAUCACCAGCGUCUGUCAGGGCAAGGCUACUGUUUUUCUGCCUCCUUGCCUCCCAUGCUAGCUGCUGCCGCUAUUGAGGCCCUCAACAUAAUGGAAGAGGAUCCAGAUAUUUUUGCUGUCCUGAGGAAAAAGUGCAAACAAGUUUACAAGGCUUUACAAGGGAUUCCAGGCCUGAAGUUAGUUGGAGAGCCGUUUGCCCCGGCCCUGCACUUACAGCUGGAAAGAAGUUCAGGCUCCAGAGACUCAGACAUGCAGCUCCUCUGGACCAUUGUAGAAUAUUGUAUGGAAAGAAAUGUAGCACUGACCCUUGCACGUUACCUUGAUAAAGAGGAGCGUUUCGUCCCCCCACCCAGUAUCAGAGUGGUGGUCACCAUCAAACAGACUGAGGAAGACAUCCAGAAGGCAGUGUCUUGUAUCAAAGAGGCAGCUUCAGCUGUCCUAAAAUGAUGAUGUAGUGUUUGUCACUGCUGAAACUAAGCAGACUUCACUGAAGCUUUAGCAGUGGAUGGAACAGGAUACUUACUGUGAGGGAACUCCCAAGCAGAUGCUCAUAAUGAUCUUUCCAAAUAAACAUGUUUUAUCUCCUGGUCUUUUUUUUUUUUUUGUAUGUUUGCUCUCAGUAAUCAUGUGUCUAGUCAUACUACAUGUACUACAUGUUUUAUAUUGUGAAUGUAAGUGUGGGCCUUAAACAGGAGAUGUCUUUCUGUUGUUAACAAUAUCAGCCCCUAGUCACUAAUAAACAAUGCAGCGAGAAUACUUGACUUUAUUUCCACAUACCAAAUGACUUGUUGCUUUUUAUAUUUUGACCAAAGAGAAGGCAUUGCGCUCCUUGUUUUAUUUAACAUGUUUGCAGUGUACUAGCACAUGAACAGUACAUAAGGGUUGUGAUUUUACAUGCUUGUUUUUACCACAAAUCUUCACUUUUAGCACUGUGUCUUUUCCCUUUUCUUACAUUUCUGACCCACUUAAUGAAAUAUAAAUAUGUCUGGCUCAAAUUAAAUUGUGGUGUGUUUGA